GCACCAUCGAAAAUUGAAUGAGUCGUAACGUCGUACAUUAAACUUGUUUCACAUCAUCAGCGUUACAACUCAGUGCGCCUUGUUUGUUUCCCACCAUGAUUGUGUUUAAGGACAUGAUUACUGAGGAUGAAAUGUUCACAGACUCGCACUGUCCUCGUGUUGUCGCGGAUUUCUUUUAUGAAGUAGAAUCGAGGUUUACGACAGCUUCAAGUAAGGUGGAUGGGAGACUUAUUGGCGCCAACCCUUCUGGUGAGGGUGAAGACGAUGAAAAUUUGGAUGAUACGAGUAAAAGAGUCAUUGAUUUAGUUCACGCUAAUGGUUUCAUUAGUGUUCCCUACGACUUAAAAUCAUACAAAGCUCAACUUAAAUCGUAUUUAAAAGCUAUAACACAACGUUUGCAAAAGACUGAUCCAGACAAGAUACCCUUACUUGAAAGUCAGGUCAACAAGUACAUGAAAAAUGUAUUUGCAAACUUUGACCAAUAUGAAUGUUUCACGGGGCCAUCAACUAAUCCUGAAGCCAUGGUAGUUUUGAUGAACUUCCGUGAGGACGGUAUGACACCAUACUUCGUUUUCUUCAAGGAUGGAUUGAUUCAGGAAAAAUAUGAUGACAUGUUAGCGUUUGCUUUGUGAUGCAGUUUGAUGGUUUCCGGAAUGCAUGUCCUAUUUGUUGUAUCCCGAUAAGAACAAUGAAUGGUGAAUUGGGAUCCAUUUGUGGACCAAUACUAAACGUAUAUUUUUAUCGUAUAAUUGUUCAUUAACCAAACUAUUCAUAUUGAUGUCUCUCUUAUCAUAAGCUUUAUUUUGACUUAUGAACUAUUAUUUUACGAUUUCCCAUUCUUGAAUUAUUCCCUGUCUAUUAAUUACUAUCUCCCUUAUUCACAGCCACAUUUGGCCAAAUCUUGUAAAAAUGUUGUUUCCUAUUUUAUUGGUACGAUGUGGUCUGUUUGUUUGGUAUAUAAACCCAAUAUGUUUGAAAUACAUGAUUCAUAUUGCAGAGGCUG